AUAUGCGGAACUUUAAAAAAUACAGCUAUCAAAAUACAUGUGUUAUUACAACCGUACUGAUACGCCACUGCAUACACAUAAGGAAAAAUACAAAGAUAUACAAUUGUGCACAUUGUACUGAGAUCAGAGAUCAAUGCGCCAAGCGGUGUCGAUUUCCGCUUUACAAAGGUGUUCUUCCUGGUUUAGGAACACUCGGGCAACUACACCGCUCAACAAAUCAACUUUUUACGGAAUGAAAUAAUUAAAUUACCUAGCUAGGUACAAAGUUAAUUUAAAGACUUUGUACAAAUAUUAAACUAAAGAUUCAAUACGGGUGGAUUUCGGAUUAAUUGCACGAUGCACGAUUUAUUCUGAACCAGUGAGUGCAUGGAUCCCAAAAUGCCCAACCGCUGUGCCGCACCAAAUUGUAAUAUCUAUACAGAUAAAUCAGACGUCCCAUUUUUCAGGUUUCCAUUGGACUCGGAGCGAUGUAAACAAUGGUUAAAUAAUUGUCAUCGAUCUGACUUGGAGCCAAAAACCCCUGAGGAGUUACACAAUUCCUUCCAAAUUUGUGCAAAUCAUUUUGAGCCUUCCUUGAUUUGUCGUGACAGCACUUUAAGAACAUCCUUGAAAGAGGGUGCUAUUCCAACCAGAUUUGAUUUUACAAGCCAUUUGAACAAUCCAUCAGGCCACAACCGGAAUAAAAGAAUAAGAGAACCUGCUGAGGCAGAGCUUGCAUCCUUGAAGAAAGCUAAAGGGGAUUGGUUUGAAGAUGAUGCUCCAUCUGAGGUGAAAGAUAAGCCAGGAGAGAAUAGCGCAACAUGUGAUUUACAGCAAGAGGAACAAAAGAGAGAGGAUGUCGCUAACUCCAAAGCAAAGGAAAUCCUUAAAGUCUACUUUAAGGAAACCCUUGCCUUCACUGGAUUCAGCAUAGGGAACGAUGCAAACCCCAACACAGAUGAACCGAUGGGAGACCACAGAGGACAACAGUCUCUCAACCCCAUCUGUGUUGAAAGAAUCGACCAGAAAGAAGUCCUCCAGUUCAGCGAGGACCUCAUGCGGGAGGAGAUCCGGAACAGUUUGAGGUUGGCACGCUUUUUCUCCAUCCUGCUUCAAGAUGUGACAAACAUCGAGGGAAAAGAUCAGAUCCCAGUUUUCAUCAGGUCCGUCACUGUGGCAGGGUUCCCCCAGAAACACCUCAUGGGUUUCCUGCCCUGUUAUGCAGAUGCUGAGGGCCUGUUUUACAUGCUGCUCUCAGAAAUUCGGAAUAAGUGGGGGCUGCGGAUGGAGCAUUGUCGAGGACUUACCUACCUGACUACAGGUGGUUUAUGUCAGAAAAUGAAGGAUCUCACCAGCAGGAUUCUGCAGGAGUUUCCUCAGGUAGUGCUAGCACCUAGUGACCCAUAUGCCUUUAACAUGUGGCUAAUCCGCUCCAUGCCCAUACCUUAUAUCCAGAAGGUUGUGAACACAGUGGAGGAGGUCGCCAAAAUAAUUAGAGGAUCCCCAGAUCUUUGGGAAAGACUGGAGGUGAAAAUCAAGUCUUCAUACAGCCACCUUAAAGGUGAAGUGGACAGGAUCAUAGAGGCUUCCCAGAACACCUGGGAGUAUGGUGUUGAUGCCUUCCAGACCAUGUUGGACAUUCUUGAACCAUUCCUCGCCUGCAUCAACGAGGUGUGCUCGGCUGCGAACGCAGACACCGCUACUUGUGAGCAGAUGGCCAAGCUCAAGCCGAUCCUGAAGAACUUCAAUUUCAUUAUCACCCUGGUUGUUCUGAAGAAUACCCUCUGUUGCGUGAGUAUCCUCAACCCGAGUCUCAGGGGAGCCAUCAGCAUCAGCAGCACCUUGCAGUACACAAUCUCCAACGCCUUAAAGCUGGUCAACAAACAUCUGCAGGAGAUCGCAAUAUUCCACAGGAAGUGGUUUUCUGAUGCAGUGGGCAGGGCUAAGAAGCUGGGAGUGGAGGUUGCUAGGCCGGAUGAGAGCUCACCUGAGACUGGCGAGGCAGUUGCAACUGAAACCCCUCUGGAGGAUUUCUACAGAGAGACUCUGAGCAGGCAGAUCUUACAGUACCUUGUUGCGGAGGUAAAGAGGGUGUUCAGCACGGAGAUGGUACGGAUUCUGAGAUGGCUCUCGUUGGUGCCAUCUUACAUGGCUGACCACAAUUUCAGUAUCCGCAGGGAUAAAGUGGCGGACGCAAACUUGAACAACCUCGCUCGACCCGACACGUUUUACGAUGAGCUUGGUUGCUGGGAGGUGAAGUGGAGACAUGCUAGCAAGCGGAGGAUCCUGCCCACAACAGUGUUUGCAACAUUGAAAAUCCCAGACAUUGCAUUUUACCCAAAUGUGCAGAGCCUGCUGAGAGUUUUGGGCACCAUCCCCUGUGUGAACGCAGAGGCAGACGUGUAUGGGCAGUACAACAUGGUGCUGGAGCGGUACCAGUCUUACCUGAAAGCCACACCGGAGGAUAAGAGACUGUGCAACAUGGCAUUUGUCUAUGUCAAUCAAGACGUGCACUUCAAUGUGGAAGACAUGGUUGAGUCCUAUGUGGAGAAGCAUAUUGACAUAUUGCAGUUUUUGCAUAUGGAUGAUGAGGUAAUAGAGAUGCAGCCUGACGCUGAACCUGUCUCUGAGAAUGAUGGGAAUCACACUCUAAAAGAGAAUGUACAAAAAACACAAGAAGAACCACAGGACAUACCCUCUGAGAUGGAGACCGAGAGAGUGGGGCAACCCAAACUCCCAGCCACAGAAACUAAUAAGGAGGCACUCAAAUCUGCUCUGCAGGUUGCUGUGACAGCUGCGUAUAACAGCCAGAGCAGACAGCCUGGUGAGGCCUCUGCUGAACAGGAUGGCGAGGUGGAAGACUCAUUGAAGUAUGUGUCGAAGUCUGAGAUGGAAGAAGUUCUCAGAGUAUGCGAGGAUGCUGUCAGGGAGGGAAUUCUUGUGGAGGUGGGCACUUCCUUUUUUUCUCUGUUCAUCGACCGCGUUGUGAAGUUAGGGGAGAAAAAACAUCUUCCUCUCUUCCUCAGGUUUGUGGACAGUUUUGAUGUCAUGCGAUUGGAGCUCAUGGGCUUUCUGGAUGUGGAUCUUGACUGUGAUGCCAUGUCAGAGCGCAUAUUGGAAAUUGUCACCAAAGAGUGGCAUCUCGAUUUGUGUUACUGCAGAGGUCAGGCCUACCUAGGAUCUGGUGAUGUCUCCUACAAGCUGAAAGCAUUUGCCUGCAAAAUCCAAGAAAAGUACCCCCUUGCAAUAUGCACACACUGCUCUUGUUACUCAUUUAACAUAUGGUGGUCAAAAUCCACCCCUGUGUCAUCAGUCAAACGGGCCCUGGAUGUUUUUGAAGAGGUUUUGAUGUUUUUUGGGAGCAUGCCUAUGCUUGAGAAACAACUGGAUCAUGUCAUUGCAUUUGGUCUUAGGGAAAGCUAUGAAAAGGUUCAAGAAUUGCAGGGGAAGUUCUGUACCGUCUGGCAGGAGAAGCAUGAUUCCUAUGAAGUUUUUGUGCAGAUGCUGGAGCCCCUUGUCGAAUGUUUGGAGAAAAUCAAGAGCAACCCACAGAGGUGGAAAUCCUCAUUCUCUCUAAAAGCUGGAGCACUGCUGCGUUUGAUAAGGGACUUUGAUUUUAUUGUGCCCAUGGUAGCCCUGAAGAACACCUCGUCCUUCACCAGGGAACUGAGUGCAGGACUCCAGAAGGAUCAUUUCAGCGCAGCAUCCCAACUCUGCCAGAUCAGUGGUAUAGUGGCUACUCUUAACAGGGUCAAAACAAACAUCAAAGUAUUUCACCAGAAUUGGUUUGAUGAAGCUUGUGCACUCGCCCAGAGUCUAGGUGUGCAGAUAAAAGUGCCUGAUAAUUCCUCUGCGUCCAGGGAUAGCAUGAUGAAACCAGCUCUGUAUUACAAAGAUGCACUAAGUGUGCCCCUAGUGGACAACCUCACCAAUGCUGUUAAGGAUCAUUUCUCUGAGGACCACAAGGAGGCCCUAAACUUCCUCUCCCUGGUUCCCUGCUCUGUGACUGUGAGUUACAUGUUUGAGAUCCUGAGGUCAAAGCCUCCUCUCUACGCCAGUGAUCUGCCUGACUCCGACAACUUCUUCACCGAGUUGUGCUGCUGGAGGGUGAAGUGGAAGACCAAAGUUGCAUCCGUGACCAUCCCAGACACCAUCUUUCAGACUCUCCGUCUGCCACUCAUGCAGUACUUUGGGAACAUCAACACACUGCUGAGGAUCAUGUCUGUGUUACCCAGCACAGUACUUGAGAACUGUGGGGAAGUGAUGCGCCACAAGAUGUUCCAGGAAUACCUGAGGAACACCAGCCCCAAGGACAGGUCCCCAUGUCUGGCCAUGCUGCAGGUGGGAACCAACUUCAGCAGAGAUCUGGACCGGAUGGUGACUAAGUGCUUGAAGGUCACUCCCCAGGCUUUAGAGGGCAUCUGCUUGGAUAAAGAAUCCAAAAGUCUGAUGAAGAACUCUGAAGCCAACAUGGAAGUCGAUCAUGGCAAAGAUGCAACAAGGGACCUUGAGAAUGAGUCUUUUGACAAGAAAGAGAACCAGGAAAUGAAAGCGGUGGAUGAGAAUGGGCACACUGGAGAUAAUCGACAGAGUUUGGAAAUGGUUUUCAGACUGGCUGCACGUCUAGGGAAAAAGAAGUGCCAGCUCUCCGAACUCUCCAAAGAAGAUCAAGUCCUUCUCAUCCAGGAUCUCGGCCUGUGCCACUGGUUUGGAAGAGAUGGCAAGUUCACGCUUAACGUAGGAGAGGAGGAAAUGGUAGAGCUUCUCACAAAAUCCAUCAGGGAAGUCAUACUCUUAGAAAUACAGGAGUCCCCCUUCUUUUCUCUUAUCACAGAUAAACCUGUUGUAAUUGCUAAUAAGAGCUAUCUGCCUGUCUUUGUCAGAUAUGUUGGGGAAUGCGCCCCCAAGGUAGAGCUCAUUGGUUUUUUGCGAUUUUUUGAAACCUGUGACGUUGAUGUUCAAGUCAAGAAUCUUUCAGCAACUAUAACCGAAGAUUGGGGAUUGCCGAUGAGUCAGUGUCGUGGACAAGCAUUCAUGCGCAUGGGCUCAGGUUGUCACAGCCUGAAGAAGAUGUCUUUGGAGUUCCUCGAGAGCUAUCCUCUGUCUGUCAUCACACCCAGUGAGUCUUGUGGUCUUGCCUGUUGGCUAGCAGGAAGUGUACCCUGCCCACCUGUCACAAAGAUGCUGGGAAUUGUGGAAGAUCUUCUACUGUUCUUUGACCAGUCACCUGGACUAGAGGCAGAGCUAGCACAGGCCGUGGAUGGGUUACUGAAUACACCUCGGGAGGCCUUGGAGGAGAUUCCAGAAACCUGUUGCUCCAGGUGGAAGAAGAGGGAGGACUUUUUUGAUCUCCUAGUCGACACAUUGGAGGGAGUCUUGAGUUGCCUGGAUUCAGUUAGUUCCAGCGCCACGGGCACUAUGUCGCUACAUGCACAGGUCCUCGCCACUGCUUUGAGAGAGAUGGAUUUUGUCGUCACACUUGUGAUCCUGAAAAACGCAUGUUCUCCUCUUCGAAACUGCAGCACUGUUUUCCGCUGUGGUAACCCUGCUGACAUCAUCUUUGAGGUGGAGAAGAUCGUACCAAUCAUAGAGACACUGAACAAGAUGUUGGAGAACAUAAGCACUGUACACACACCUUGGUUUGAAGAGGCAUUCCAACUAGCAUCCAAGGUGGCCUCUCAGCAAGUAUGUUUCCCAGAGGAAGCUAACUCUUAUGAGUCUCCAGAGGUGUACUACAGGGACAACUUUAGUGUUCCUGUACUGCGCUGCCUCAUUGACGAAAUGAAGUACAACUUCUCCGACAGUCAUUUGAAAGCCUUGAAGCUCCUGUCUCUUCUUCCCACCUGCAAUCCACAGCCCAUUUCAGAGCCAAUCCGCGCAGAGUCCACAGACAAGUUAUACAGUCUCUACCUGUCUGACCUCCCUGAUCCUGACACAGUAGAGCAGGAUAUCAGUAACUGGGCCACAGUGUGGAAAGAGAAAUAUCAAGACAUGUCACCACCAGCUUCUAUCUCUGAGAUACUGCUUCACCCAGAAUCUCAAAGCCAUCCCACAGUGACAAUGCUGCUCAGACUGGUGGCUGUUCUACCGAGCGUCAGUAUGGAGUGGGACCUGAUGAAGACCACCCUGAACUCCAUGAGGGCUCUGCUGAAGAACACUGUCUGCAAGGGCAGCAAAACCGAUACCGUGAUGCUUCUCAUGCAUUACCCAACUGUUCAAAGACUAAGGGAAGUCAUUGAGAAGUGCAUCGAAGUUGACCCAGAAAGCAUCCCAUGUCUUGAGCAGGUGAAGAAACAAAUGAAAGGUCUGAAGCUGGAAAGUGAUUUCAGAGCUUUUGAUGUAAACCCUGAUGAGAGACAUGAGCAGACAGUUGAGGAACACCAAGCUGAUAUGGCAGAACAACCCCUUGCAGGAGAGUUGCAAGAGGAGGACGGCGUGCUGAUGGCGGAGGACGGCGCGCUGGUGGCGGAGGAGGUCGGCGCGCUGGUGGCGGAGGAGGUCGGCGCGCUGGUGGCGGAGGAGGUCGGCGCGCUGGUGGCGGAGGAGGUCGGCGCGCUGGUGGCGGAGGAGGACGGCGCGCUGGUGGCGGAGGAGGACGGCGCGCUGGUGGCGGAGGAGGACGGCGCGCUGGUGGCGGAGGAGGACGGCGCGCUGGUGGCGGAGGAGGGCGGCGCGCUGGUGGCGCAGGAGGGCGGCGCGCUGGUGGCGCAGGAGGGCGGCGCGCUGGUGGCGCAGGAGGGCGGCGCGCUGGUGGCGCAGGAGGGCGGCGCGGAGGAGGGCGGCGCGCUGGUGGCGCAGGAGGGCGGCGCGCUGGUGGCGCAGGAGGGCGGCGCGGAGGUUGGUGCCGCGCUGGAGGCGGAGGAGGGCGGCGCGCUGGUGGCGCAGGAGGGCGGCGCGGAGGUUGGUGCCGCGCUGGAGGCGGAGGAGGGCGGCGCGCUGGUGGCGCAGGAGGGCGGCGCGGAGGUUGGUGCCGCGCUGGUGGCGGAGGUUGGUGCCGCGCUGGUGGCGGAGGAGGGCGGCGCGCUGGUGGCGGAGGAGGGCGGCGCGCUGGUGGCGGAGGAGGGCGGCGCGCUGGUGGCGGAGGAGGGCGGCGCGCAGGAGGACGUGGCACAGGGGCAGGCGCAGGACUGCGUCGCCCAGGGGCAGGCGCAGGCCCAGGACUGUGUCGCCCAGGGGCAGGCGCAGGCCCAGGACUGUGUCGCCCAGGGGCAGGCGCAGGCCCAGGACUGUGUCGCCCAGGCGCAGGCCCAGGACUGUGUCGCCCAGGGGCAGGCGCAGGACGGCGUCGCCCAGGGGCAGGCGCAGGACGGCGUCGCCCAGGGGCAGGCGCAGGACGGCGUCGCCCAGGGGCAGGCGCAGGACGGAGUCGCCCAGGGGCAGGCGCAGGACGGAGUCGCCCAGGGGCAGGCGCAGGACGGAGUCGCGCAGGGCGGCGUCGCACAGGCGGAGGAUGGUGUUGUAAUGGUAGAGGACAGGGUCGUAGGUCAGAGGCAGGCUAUGUCUUUCUAUGACCCACCUGUGCGUGAGGAAAUACUUAAGGAACUCUGGGACUCACAGUUCUUUACAAUAAUAACGGAACAGGCGGUUGAGAUUGAGGGACAGCUCUAUGUCCCCCUGUGCAUCAGGUACUUGGACAAACAGGACACUCAAUGCGAGGAGACUGUAGCUUUCAUCCCGUUCAGCCAGGACACUGCUGUCUUGGCUGAUGCUAUUGAAACAGCCCUAUCAGAGAAAUGGGGGCUCAAUAUGGCGUACUGUAGAGGGCAAGCUUUGCUAAGUGUUGGUGAGGUAGGAUCUCGGAUGAGGGCUGUAUCUGCUGUAAUAGCCCAGAAAUACCCCCUGGCCAUGCAAAUGGUCAGCUCUGCUGUGUCUCUGAAUGUGUGGCUAGCCAGGUCAUCUCCUGCAGUGGCAGCAGCAGACUGUGCAGUGUCUGUAGAAAACAUGUUACAGUGGCUCACAGAGGAUGCAGAACGACAGAUCAAACUGGAAGAGGUGAUCAUUGCCAUAUUCCAACAUGAUGAGGGGAAGGGUAAUGAGCUUAGGGACAAGCUUAUUAAGAACUGGGAGAAGAGUCAUGAUAUGCAUGAUUUGGUGGUAGAGCUCCUGGAGGUAAUCAUGCUGUGCUUGAAUGAGCUGAAAAGUGAGGAGAAUAGCUUAGGGAGUGGCCAAGCACUGCUUUACUUCGAUAAAGUCAGACGUUUUGAGUUCAUCUUCACGGCUGUCGUGCUGAAGAAUGUCCUGAGCUCGACCAAAAAGCUGAGCCAAUCUCUUCAAGGAAAACCCCUAGAUGUGUUGCUAGCUAUGAAUAGCUUGCCCGAUCUCCUAACUUCCCUCAAUGAAUUGAAGAGCGAUAUCGACACACAUCACAAGGCUUGGUUCAAGGAAGCUGUCUCUUUAGCUUCCAAGCUGCAGAUAACGUUGUUGCACUCUGCGCUGCUAGAACCCCUGAGUCAGUUUUACAAAAUGUCGGUGAGUCAGAAGGUGAUAGAGCACUCCAUUGUUGAGGUUAGUGAGUUCUUCACAGAGAAGGUCCUCAGUACCCUGAGGUGCCUGGAGAUUGUGCCUUACGCCAUGUCGAAGCUAGAAAACAGCAGUGUAAAUGCUCACGUUUUCCGCAUGUACAAAGAUGACAUGCCUGACCUGGUCUCACUCCCAACAGAGAUGAAGUCUUGGAGAGAGAAGUGGUUGGAUCCCAUGUCCGGGUAUCUUCCAGCCACUGUGCUCGACACUCUGAAGGCAUCAGACAUUAGGAGCUUUAGUAACAUUGAAACCCUCCUAAGACUCCUGGUCAUCCUACCAUUUUCCCGGAGGGAGAGUACCUUCAGGCAGGGAAAGAGAAGCCUCCAGGGGUUCAUACAACAGGAGACCAGGUCUCUUUCUGAACUUCAUCCUCUGUAAAUAAGUUGGUGUUCCCUCAAGCUCUUAUUAGCAUAAAGCAGGUUUCUGAGUUGGUGUCCUAUACUGCUGACCCACUGUACCCUUGAGUAAAUGUCCAACCUAAUUUAGGUCUCAAUAAACAUUUUAACUUACUAGAAGACAUUUCCCUGUAUACAUGAAUGAUCUAAAUAUUUUGGUCAUUUUAUUCAUUGUUUUUUAUUAUAACAUUUUUGUUUUAAGUUGUUUGGAUAAUUGUACUGCCUAAUGGGACCAAUGUCUUGACAAAAAAAGCAAUGCUCACCUGAGGGUUACCAAUGCUUGUGUGCCUUUAUGCAAAACUAACAGUCAACCCCAUGAAUCAUAAAAAUACAGAUGUCUGAAAAUGACAGUCCCAUCAGGCUUUUUGAAAUAACUUUUUUUUGUCAGCACCAAAUAACAUUGGACUGAAUUUAAGAAUCACUUGCAUCAAUUCACUGUCAAUAAGUUGUAUCAUUCUCUUCCUUGGCACAAAUAGAAAUGGUUAGUUCAAUCAUGUAGAUGUAUUUUAUGAUGGUUUCUUGUCUAGGAGAGUUCAUUUUCUGUAAAGAAUUCUCCAAAUACUGUCUCCUUAAGAGUUCAACAUUUCAUAUAUAUUUGUCAAAAAAUGAAAAUAAAAUUCUAAAAAGA